GGGGCCCCUGCUGCCCUGGCUCAUGCAUUUGCUAGCUAGCUCAUCGUCGAUACCAAUGGCGACUACCAGGGCCACAUCGACGCUGCUGCUGCUGCUGCUGCUGGUUUCGGCAACAUGGGCGGCAUCGGCGCCGACGACGAGUCGGGCGAGGAACGUGAUAACACACGUGAAGGGGUUCCAAGGGAGGCUGCCGUUCCACCUGGAGACGGGGUAUGUGGAGGUGGACAACACCAAUACCGUUGAGCUCUUCUACUACUUCAUCCAGUCGGAGCGCAGCCCCGCCGAUGACCCCCUCAUCCUCUGGAUCACCGGCGGCCCCGGCUGCUCCGCCCUCUCCGGCCUCCUCUUCGAGAUUGGCCCUCUCAAGUUUGACGUAGCUGGGUACACGGAAGGGUUCCCUCAAUUGUUCUACUUCCAAGAUUCCUGGACCAAGGUGAGCAACGUGAUAUUUCUGGACGCGCCGGUGGGGACGGGGUUCUCCUACGCCCGUGAGGAACAAGGGUACAACGUCACCCUCACACAGACGGGACAGCAGCUGGUGGUGUUCCUCACCAAAUGGCUGGGCGAUCACCCAGAGUUCGCCUCGAACCCUCUCUACAUCGGCGGCGACUCCUACUCCGGCUACACCGUCCCAGUGACGGCGCUCCAGAUCGCCAACGACGACGACGCCCGGGCGCGGCUGAACCUCAAGGGCUACCUGGUGGGCAACGCUGCCACGGACGUCAAGUACGACAGUGGGGGCAAGGUGCCCUUCAUGCACGGCAUGGGGCUCAUCUCCGACGAGAUGUACGAGGCCGCGCGGAGCAGCUGCCGUGGCGACUACGUGUCCACCCCGACCAACGCCGACUGCGCCAACGCGCUGCAGGCCAUCAGCAUGGCAACCUUCGCCAUCAACCCGGUGCACAUCCUGGAGCCCAUAUGCGGAUUCGCGCUGCGCGGGCGCGCGAUGCCUGAGACGACGAUGGACCAGCGCCUGCGCCUGGGCCUCCCCGUGGAGUGCAGGGACAACGGCUACCGGCUGUCGUACCUGUGGGCGGACGACCCGGAGGUGCGCGCCACGCUGGGCAUCCACGAGGGCUCCAUCGCCUCCUGGAGCCGCUGCACGGCGCUGCCGCUCUUCCGGCACGACGUGGACAGCGCCAUCCCCUACCACGCGGAGCUCACGCAGCGCGGCUACAGGGCGCUGGUGUACAACGGCGACCACGACCUGGACAUGACGUUCGUUGGCACGCAGCAGUGGAUCCGGACGCUGGGCUACAACGUGGUGACCGCCUGGAGGCCGUGGUACUCCAACCGCCAGGUUGCCGGCUUCACCACCGUCUACGACCACAACCUCACCUUCGCCACCGUCAAGGGCGGUGGCCACACCGCCCCGGAGUACCGCCCCAAGGAGUGCCUCGACAUGCUCGACAGAUGGACCUCUCCGGCCGGCGAGCUCUGAAUUACUUUACUAUACUAAUUCAUCACCGUCCGUAUAUAUGUCCGUUUAUGGGAAAUCUUACCCCCUUCAUAAUUUAUCUACUUAUCUUUUAUCAUGUCUUAUCUUUCUCUUUUCUUAGCCUAUACUACACACACUUACUUACAAAAUUCGGAGCAUUUGUGUGGUCUGUCGUUCUUUUCCCA